GCCUCAGAUAGUGGAGAUGAUUCAUUUUGUGCAUGCAUGUAAGCGCAUUAGACUGCAGUUUGAUGUUAUUUGUGCUGGUGCUCUGCUGCCUCUAUUGUCUUACUGUUUGCCGUCCAUGAUAUCAAUGACUUCCUCAGUGCCUGCCAAUUGAGGACACGAGCCUUGGCGUGGGCUGUUUAGUAUUACGUGGGUGCAGUGCUGAAGGAGAUAGCCAUUGAUUGCUGUGCUCUUUGAAUCCUCAGCUCUCACAGUCGACAUUCUUUGGUGACCUUCCCUGUGUGUAUUGCAAAGUAUAUCUGAGAACAGUAACAGUCAGUGUGUAUAAGUAUUUGGAACGUCAGGGUCAGGACAGUGUGCUUCCUGAACCAGUCAAAACAGGACUCGAGAAUUUAUUGGAUGAUCAUAAACAUCAGCAGGCUUAAGCAAAAUAACUCAUGAUCGGCUGUCUUGCGACACUAUUGAAAAGCAGCAGACAUUAUAAUAUAACUCAUACCUUCAGUUAAAUUCAAUACCAUGGAGUAUAAUAGAGCAGGACCAUUAGAAAUGCCUCGGUGGUCGGUGUACGAUGGAGAGGAACACUGGCGGUUCAUGGAGAAGCUGGAGGCCCGGAUUAGGAACCAUGACCGGGAGAUUGAGAAAAUGUGCAACUUCCAUUUCCAGGGAUUUGUAGACUCUAUCACAGAGCUGCUGAAAGUGCGGGGAGAAGCACAGAAGCUGAAGAUUCAGGUGACAGACACCAACAACAAGCUGCAGGAAUCAGGGAGAGAGCUACUCACUGAAAUGGAGGAACUGAAGAAGUGUCGUUCACAGCAAAGGAACAUAGCAGCCACAGUGGACCAACUGACACUCUGUCUACCAGUACUGGAGAUGUACAGUAAAUUACGGGAGCAACUGAAGACUAAAAGACAGUACCCUGCAUUGAAGACGAUGGAGCACAUGGAACACACGUUCUUGCCUCGGGUAAAUCCCUAUCGUUUCUGCACAGUAAUGGUGGAGGAUAUUCCCAAAUUACGAGAGGAGAUAAAAGAAGUUUCCAUGUCUGACUUGAAGGACUUCUUGGAGAGCAUCCGCAAGCAUUCGGACAAAAUUGGAGAGACUGCUAUGAAACAGGCCCAUCAGCAGAGGAACCUGGAUAACGUUGUCUCUCAGCAGCAUAAGGUCGGAACUGGGAAGAAAGUGAAGAAAGAUGGUGGAAUUGGUUUUGAUGCUGAGAUGGAAAAUACCAGCCCAAUGUCUGAGCAGGAUUCUGGAAUCUUAGAUGUUGAAGAUGAGGAGGAUGAAGAAGAGAAACAGUAG